CCCCACAGGGCGCAGAUGACCUCGCGCUCGCGAGCGGCGGCGGCGAACGCGAACGCGAGCGCGUCCGCGUCUCGCGGCCCCGGCGGCGGCGGCGGCGGCGGCGUCCUCGCGACCGGCGGCGCGCUCCUCGACGCGCACUCCGCGCGCGAGAAGCGCACCGACUCGCUCAACCAGGGCGUCUUCAUCCUGCGCCGAGCGCCAGCGCAGCCGAAGCGCUUCACCGCGCGCAAGUCGUUCAAGCCGCUCGUCCCGGACGAGACCGUGGAGGGGCUCGAGGCGAGAUGGGACGCGUACGAGAGGUCGUGGGCGAGCACGGACGCGCACGUAUCGCGCGUUCUCGCGGACGCUAAUCGCGGCGCGUUUGAAAAACUCGAGGCGUUCGUGCGCGGCGACUUCGCCGAGCGCGUCGCGCUCCGCGACGCGAACGGCGGCGCGCUCCCGCAGAGCGUCGCGCAGCGCGUUCCCGUCGGGCUCGUCCUCGCGGGGGGGGUGAACAGCGACGAUCACGAGGAGACGUUCACGAAGCUCACGCGGCAUCUGCGCGCGGCGGGAUGCCACGCCGCGCUGCUUCGAUCGCGCGAUCUGAAGGCGCGAGCCGCGUCCGGCGGCGGGAGCGGCGGCGGCGGCGGGAGCGUCGGCGGCGGCGCGGUCGGCGCGACGACGAUCGCGGGCGGCGGCGGCGGCGGCGGCGGCGGCGGCGGAGGGCUGGGCGUCGCGACGCGAUGCAUCCUGACGCAACUGCAGGCGGCGACGCGCGGAGGCGGGACCGCGGGGAACUUGCGGAUAUCGGGGCGGAGCGUGCGGCACCUGAAGCGGUGGUACCAGGAAGUCACGAUCGAGGAGUUUAACGACGCGCCGCGCGGCGGCGGCGGGCUCGGCGGCGACCGCGACGGCGACCGCGGCGGCGACCGCGGCGGAAACGAAAACGUAAACGUAAACGGCGACGGCGACGGAGACGCGACGGCGGAGCGCUCGUACGCGCUGCGCGCGCGCCCCGCGGACGCCGCGAUCCCGUCCGACCCCGCGCUCGCGGCCGCGCGCGUGAUCCGCGGUCCUCCGAAACCGAUCGUCGUCGUCAUCGAAGACACGGAGGGGUUCGACGGACGCGUCCUCUCCGACCUCCUCCUCGCGCUCAGCGACGGCGGCGACGCGCUUCCCGUGCACGUCCUCCUCGGCGUCGCGACGUCCGCGGCGACGAUGCACGGGAUGAUCCCCGCGGCGGUCGCCGCGAAGCUCGCCGUGCGAUCGUUCCACCUGUGGAGCCCGAAGAGCAUCAUGGCGGCGGUGCAGGAGAGGGUGCUGCUGGACCCGGCGAGGCGCGAGCACGACUACUCUCUGUCCGCGGCUCGGCGCGCGAUGCAUCUGCUGACGCUGGAUCACUUCAUGCACCGGCCGCUGAGCGCGCUCGCGACGGUGGUGAUCGACGCGGGGGACGCGGCGGACGCGGCGAACGAGGAGACGGCGGCGGCGGGCGCGGGCGCGGGCGCGGGCGCGGGCGACGGCUUCCUUCCCGGCGACGUCGACGUCGGCGCCGACGUCGACGUCGCCGCGAUCGCGUCGCGCGCCGCGAUCGCCGCCGCGGCGGCGUCGUCCGCCGCGGAGACUUCCGCGCGCGAGCUCGCGCGUCGUCACCUCACCCCGAAGUCGAUCCAGUGGGCGAGAAAGUUUUUCAGCCUCGACGACGCCUCCUCCGACGCCGCCGCCGAGCGCGAGAUUCUCGACGCGCUGAUCGAAACGUACCCGGCGCGACGCCGCUGGGCGACCGCGCUGCGGUGCGUCGCCGCCGCGUCUCGAUUCACCGGGCUGAGAGGGGAGGCGCGUUCGUUCGCCAACUUGCUCGCGGACGCGUCGCGGCCGCGGUGGUUGACGGGCGACGGCGGUACGGGCGAUUACCCUCAGGGCGGCGGCGGCGCGUCGCUGCUUCGCCUGGCGUGCUCGCGUCUCGAGUCCGAGGACGUCACGCCGCGCGAGCGAUUCGUCGGGCUGAUGCGGACGUGGGCGGCGAUAUGCGCGGGGGAUCCGGAGAUGCACGCGCGCGAGGGACCGAUCCUCGCGGAGUUGAUUCGCCUGAGCGAGGAGGACCCCGCGGCGGCGGUGGAAAACGCGAGGGACGCGGACGCCGCGGCGGCGGUCGACGCGCGCGCGACGUCGCCGCCCUCCGCGGGUCGGGAGAAACGCCGACGGAGCGGCGGCGGCGGCGUUGGAAUCGCGUCGCCGGAAAACGCGGCCGCGGUGCAGGCGGCGUUGAUCGCGCGGCGAAGCGCCGGGCCGGAACGCGCAAAGAACCCGGAACCUCACGCCGCGCGUCGAAAGACGCGCGGCGGCGCGGACGCGUCCACCGGGGCCGAGGAGGAGAAGGAGAACGCGGCGCGCGACGCGCUCGCGCUCGCGCCCGAUGUCCCGCGGCGUGAAGGCGGCGGGGAUCGAACCGGCGGCGACGGCGGCGUGGGCCACGCGGACGCCCCUCGCGCGUCCCCGCGCGCGCGCGCGUCGCUCUUCCUUCGCCGCGUCGCUCGAAGGCACGCGUCCAAGCCGCCCGCGUCGCUCCCGUGCGCGGACAUCUUCUCCGUCAACUCCAGCGCCGCGAUCACGGUCCUUCGCGAGGGCGUGCAGUGCGCGCCGCGGUUGUGCAUGGAGCAGACGAUGAGCGCGCCGAGAGACGUGCUCAAGUGCGCGUGCUGCCCCGGGCGGUCGGAGCCGCCCACCGCGGCGCUGCCGGACGCGUGUGCGGCGUACGUUUUGCUGCAAGACAGCGGCGACGCGGCGAACGUACACGAGCUGUUCCGGUCGUUCUGUGAGCUGCACGAGCCGUACCGCGCGGGCGGCGGCGGCGAGGACGAGGUCGAGGUGGACGUCGACGUCGCGGACGGCGAGAAGAAGGGGACGUUUCAUCUGAGCCGGCCGCGGCUGUGGGAGCUUCAGGCGCGAUUCACGCGCGCGGUCGCGGAGCUCGAGUUCCUCGGCGUCGCGAGGCCGGUGAAGAAGCGGAAGGUGGAGUACAUGCAGCGGACCGCGUUCCCGCUGGAUAAGCUGCUCGGGGGGGACGACUGA